AUGGAUCACGACAAAGAUAAAGACAAGUCGAAUCCAAUCAUCGUUUUUGAUACCAACGAAACCGAUGGGCAAUCCAAUAUCUCAAUAGGCUAUAGGCAGCCUUCAUUUAUCAGAUUGAAAGGCGUAUUGAUACCAAAAGGUUUUGAUUCACUCGAUGAAUUCCAAACCUGUCAUGUUAGAGUAAAAGUUAAUUCGGUUAGAGAUAUUUCUGCUACAACGCAAACGAUUCAGGAAUUAUUAACUAAGCGAAAUGAACAGAAAUGGAAAGAAAUGGGCUAUGACCCGAUGCAGAUCGAGAACUCCCUUAACAGACAGCACUCUCAUACUCUAUUUACGAACAAAGAAAACAAAAAUAAUCUUAAAGAUAUUAAAAUUUUUUCAUCAUUUUCACAAUUAGAAUCUUUCGAUCUCGAUUCAAAGCCAUCUAACACAGAUUCUAAGUAUCAAUUGAUGGAUAUAACGGAAGAAGCUGAAGAAGAAGAGCCAAAGAAACCAAUUUUUAGGUCAUUAAGUUCUGGCCUCCAAUUUCCUAAUUUGGAGUUACCUGAGUCAAACAGCUCGGUUUCUUCUCCAGAAGAGGAAGAAGACUCAGAUUCAUAUUCUGAUCAAACAUAUGUUUGUUUUCUCGAUAACGGAAUGCCGGAGCAUGUUUACAAUAUCCUGAAACAUGAUCCGAAUACGCUUGUGUAUAAAGUUCUUUGCGGAAGAACUUUUCCAGGAUUACCUUACGAUAUAAUGAAUAUAUUAACAGAUGAAUUAGAAUAUUACGCUACAGAAUGCGCUGACGAGUCGCAUGAAGCUACGGCCUAUCACGUACAGAGUUUAAUUGAAGAAUUAAGGCGAACAGCCGAUCGUUCAGAUUUAUAUGUCCCACCUUCAAACCAAGCCACGUACCAAAAGAAAAUCAAAGAAUUUUACAAUUCCUUCGAAGCGAAAGUUGAAUAUUGGGAUACGCAGUUAUUCCUUAACAAAGACUUCCAAGAGCGUAGUAUAAAGAAGCUAAACGAGAAUCCGAAAAUUAAAAAGCAAUCCAAGGAAUAUGAAGACCAACUUCAAUUCAUCCAGUUCCAAUACGACAAAGCCUUAUUCGCUAUCAACAGAGGCCAAACGGAAAACCUCGAGCGCUUGAAGGAAUGUAUCGAAAAAGUACAGAACGGAUAUACACAGGUCUCAAUGGAUUUACAGGUCCUACAUCUAUCGUCAAGGAUUAUGUCUCGUAACCGUAGGAUUACUGCUUGUUCGAAGGUCAACAAGAUGCGCAUUUCGACAAAUUCUAAUCCUAAAAUAAUACGCCCACAAACUCCUACAUAUGCUUUUAAGUUACCGCGUAAUUGA